CCAGGUCCUCGGCAGGAGCGUGCAUCCCGGCUUGGGCACGCUGAGCUAUGGCGGCCCUCCUGAGACCCGCUCGUUGGCUGCUCGGGGCCACGGCGGCACCGCGCCUCCCGCUGUCCCUGCGCCUCUUUGCGGGCUGCCCGGUCCGGCUGUUCUCUGUCGCCCGGGUGGCGGCGGCUGGGAGCAGGCCGCCUGCGGGAGAGCUACCAAGUCAAGCCAGAUUAUAUGCAAUUGUUGCUGAAAAGAGGGAUCUUCAAGAGGAGCCUGCUCCUGUGAGAAAAAAUAACAGUCAGUUUGAUUGGGCUCUAAUGAGACUGGACAAUUCUGUCAGAAGAACGGGCCGCAUUACAAAGGGACUUCUGCAGAAAGUCUUUGAGAGCACGUGUCGCUCAGGUAGCCCAGGUGGGAAUCAAGCUUUGCUUCUGCUGCGCAGCUGUGGUUCACUCUUGCCUGAACUGACUCUUGCAGAAAGGACAGAAUUUGCUCAUAAGAUAUGGGACAAACUUCAGACAUUAGGUACUGUGUAUGAUGUCAGUCAUUACAAUGCUUUACUUAAAGUGUAUCUUCAAAAUGAACAUAAAUUCUCACCUACUGAUUUCCUGGCCAAGAUGGAGAGAGCAAACAUUCAACCUAAUCGAGUAACAUACCAGAGGCUGAUUGCUGCCUAUUGUGAUGUUGGAGAUAUUGAAGGUGCCAGCAAGAUUCUUGGAUUUAUGAAAACGAAGGACCUACCAAUCACAGAGGCGGUGUUCAGUGCUCUGGUUACAGGCCAUGCGAGAGCUGGAGAUAUGGAGAAUGCAGAAAAUAUUCUCACAGUGAUGAAAGAAGCUGGCAUUGAACCAGGACCAGACACAUAUCUGGCUCUGUUGAACGCAUAUGCUGAGAAGGGUGACAUUGACCAUGUUAAGCAGAUUCUGGAGAAAGUGGAGAAGUCGGAUCAUUACCUUAUGGAUCGUGAUUUAUUCCAGAUUAUCGUUACCUUUACUAAAGCUGGAUAUCCUCAGUAUGUCUCAGAAAUUCUGGAAAAGAUUACCUAUGAAAGAAGAUAUCUUCCAGAUGCGAUGAACCUCAUUUUGCUUUUAGUCACUGAAAAGUUGGAAGAUACGGCAUUCCAGAUUUUAUUAGCAUUACCCGUGUCGAAGGAAGAGAACAUAAAUGUAUUUGGCAGUUUCUUCUUGCGGCACUGCGUGACUGUGAAUACGCCUGCGGAGAAGCUCGUAGACUACUGUAAGAAGCUGAAGGAGGCCAAGCUGCACAGCUCCUCACUACAGUUCACUCUCCACUGUGCUCUACUGGCCAACAAAACUGCUUUGGCAAAAGCAGUGAUGCAGGCCUUGAAGGAAGAAGGAUUUCCUAUUCGAACUCACUAUUUCUGGCCAUUGCUAGCCGGACAUCAGAAAACAAAAAACGUUCAAGGAAUAAUGGAUAUACUCAAAAUAAUGAAGGAGUUGGGAGUAGAUCCUGAUCAAGACACAUAUGUAAAUUAUGUGUUUCCUUGCUUUGAUGAUGUAAAGUCAGUUCGAGCUGCUUUGCAGGAAAAUGAAUGUCUACCUCAAAGUAAUACAUUUGCUCAAGCUGAAGUGAGAAGUGAAGCAAAAAAUGGGAACUUAGAAAACGUUUUGUCACUUUUGGAAUCGAAUGCAUUGCCUAUAUCGCUUAAUUCUUUGAAAGGCAGCCUAAUUCUAGGCUUUAGGAGGUCUAAGAAUAUAGAUCUUUGGAGCAAGAUAACAGAAUUGUUGUACAAGAAUGGACGUUACUGCCAAGACCCUCCAGGACCAACAGAAGCUGUUGGCUAUUUUCUUUAUAACUUGAUUGACAGCAUGAGUGACUCAGAGGUACAGGCCAAGGAGGAGCAUUUGAGACAAUACUUCCAUCAGCUGAAGGAGAUGGGUGUUAAAGUUCCUGAAAACAUCUACAAAGGCAUUCGCAAUUUGCUGGAUAACUACCAUGUCCCUGAAUUGAUCAAGGAUGUUAAGGUGCUGAUUGACAACGAGAAGGUAGAUUCUCGAAAAUCUCAUCAACUGACCUCAUCUGAUUUGGAAUCAACACUUGAAAAACUGAAAGCUGAAAAUCAGCCUGUAGGAGAUGUCCUCAAGCAGCUCAUCCUGGUGCUCUGCGCAGAGGAGAAUAUGCAAAAAGCCCUUGAAGUGAAAGCAAAAUACGAAUCAGAUAUGGUUAUUGGUGGCUAUGCAGCUUUAAUAAAUUUGUGCUGUCGACAUGACAAUGCAGAAGAUGCAUUGAACUUGAAACAAGAAUUUGACCGCUUAGAUCCUUCUGCUGUUCUUGACACUGCCAAGUAUAUAGGCCUUGUGAAAGUAUUGGGAAAGCACGGCAAGCUCCAAGAUGCUAUUAACAUUCUAAAGGAGAUGAAAGAGAAGGAUGUAGUUAUCAAAGAUGCAACAGUUACGUCCUUUUUCCACAUCCUAAAUGGCGCGGCUUUAAGAGGUGAAAUUGAAACAGUAAAACAGUUGCAUGAAGCCAUCGUGACUCUUGGGUUAGCAAAGCCAUCCACCAACAUAAGCGUUCCAUUGGUCACUGUGCACCUGGAAAAGGAUGAUUUACCUGCUGCCCUUGAAGCCAGCAUUGACUGCCAUGAAAAAUAUAAAAUAUUACCCAGGAUUCAUGAUGUCUUGUGUAAGCUAAUAGAGAAAGGAGAGACCGAUUUGAUCCAGAAAGCGAUGGACUUUGUCAGCCAAGAGCAAGGUGAAAUGACAAUGCUGUACGACCUCUUCUUCGCCUUCCUGCAGACAGGAAAUCACAAAGAGGCCAAGAAGAUCAUUGAGACUCCAGGCAUGAGAGCUCGGCCUGCAAGACUUCAGUGGUUUUGUGAUAGAUGUAUUUCCGGUAAUCAGGUGGAAACUCUUGAAAAAUUAGUGGAGCUGACCCAGAAGCUGUUUGAAUGUGAUAGAGACCAGAUGUACUACAGCUUACUAAAACUACACAAAAUAAAUGGUGACUGGCAACGAGCUGAUGGUGUCUGGAAUAAAAUGCAAGAAGAAAAUAUUAUCCCUCGUGAGAGGACAUUGCAGCUGUUGGCAGAGAUCCUGAAAACCAACAACCAGGAGGUGCCCUUCGAUGUUCCUGAGUUGUGGUUUGGAGAUGACAGACCUUCCCUGAACUCUUCAUCACCCCCAGCGGUAGAAACUGAUACUGAGAAGAUGUUGUUGAAUGCCUGCAGAUUGAGAAAGAACAAAGAUGCAUAUAGUAUCUUCCUCAAAGCCCAAAAGCAAAACAUUGUAUUCAGCAGUGAAACUUACAGCACUCUGAUAGGCUUGCUGCUGAAAAGGGAUGACUUUACACAAGCCAUGCAAGUGAGAGACUUCGCUGAGACCCACAUCAAGGGCUUCACACUGAACGAUGCUGCCAACAGCCUCCUCAUCAUAACGCAAGUUAGGCGGGAUUAUUUGAAAGUGGCUCUCGCGACUCUAAAAGCAGCCUUGGAUCUGGAGCAGAUCCCUUCUAAACUCGCCGUCACCCGCCUCAUCCAGGCCUUCGCCGUGAAGGGUGACCUGGAGAGCAUAGAGGCCAUUCAGAGUAUGGUAAAUGGACUGGAUGCAAUCGGCCUCUCAAGUAUGGUUUUCAUCAAUAACAUUGCUUUGGCUCAGAUGAAGAAUAAUAACAUAGAUGUCGCCAUAGAGAAUAUUGAACACAUGCUUACUUCAGAGAAACCAACCAUAGAGCCCCAGUACUUUGGCUUGUCGUAUUUAUUCAGAAAAGUACUAGAAGAGCAGAUGGAGCCAGCGCUGGAGAAGUUAAGCAUUAUGUCUGAGAGGUUGGCCAAUCAGUUUGCACUUUACAAGCCCGUCACAGAUCUCUUCCUGCAGCUUGUGGAUUCCGGCAAGGUGGAUGAGGCCAGAGCUCUCCUAGAGAGAUGUGGCGCCAUUGCCGAGCAAAGCUCAAUUUUGUUGGUGUUCUGUCUCAGGAGUGCUCAGAAACCAAAAAAGGCACCGGUUCUGAAGACUUUGUUAGAGUUGAUUCCUGAAUUACGUGAAAAGAAAGAAGCAUAUUCUUCCAGCAUGAAAAGCUAUGCCUUAGACAAAGAUGUGACCUCCGCCAAAGCCUUGUAUGAGCACUUGACAGCAAAGAACGUGGAGCUGGAUGACUUGUUUCUGAAGCGCUAUGCUACUUUGCUCAAAGAUGUUGGCGAGCCAGUCCCCUUCACAGAGCCCCCUGAAAGCUUUGAAUUCUAUGUGAAGCAGUUAAAGGAAGCAAGGGAAAACCCUUCAUGAAAGAAGCAAUAUGUGUGUGCGCGCGCGCGUGUGUGUGUGUGUGUGUGUGUGUGUGUGUGAGAGAGAGAGAGAGGGAGAGAGAGAGAGAGAGAGAGAGAGAGAGAGAGAGAGAGAGAGAGGGGAUGCCUAUGUCUAAAUGUUAUUUCUAAAAUGUACUUGAGGAAAAAUAAACAAGUGAAACUGAAUUUGUGUUUCUGUGUGUAAAUACUCUGUCGACUAUGUCACCAAUGAGCGCAUAUACUUGGUCCCUGCCCUCUUGCUCCUUUCUCUAAGAUGGCUCUUCAUAUCCAGCAGUGCUUUUCCAGGGAGAAACUGAGAGCAGAGGGGCCAUGCUGUGGCCAUGCCUGCAGCUCACAGCCUCUCCCUCUUCCUUCUGCCACGGGGCUUUCUCGAAGCGCCUAACAUGGAAUCUUGGUUUUCACUUCCUUUGGUUUCGGGAAUUUGUUAGUCCAAGCUGCACCUUACACCAGACUCAUAACUGUAAACUUACAAACUGGACGUGUGAUUUAUAGGAAUAAGUAAAAAUACUGGUUUGUAAUCAAAUUUACAAGCAGUCAGUAUUCCCUGUGUUGUUCGUACACUUGCUAGAAUCUACGUGUGCAUUGUAGCUUUAAAGCAGACUUCAGAUAGGUGCGACAGUUCCCCUCUCGGGUAAUAAGACACCCCAGUACAGGGGGGGAGGUGAUGCUGGAAAUGUUUCUUUGAAAGUCACCCUCAGUUUGUAUUCCUCGUUGAUUUGAACUGGGUGUCUACAGCUCCCACUGGGCCACAGGACAGGACUUGGGUGCUGUUUGCUGUUC